GACAUUUUCGCUGGAAAUUCACUGAUUCAGAAGCAACUCUUAGUCCACGAGGCCGUAGAAACUGUCGCAGUCCACCCGUGGGACAAGUACAUUUUUGUGGUUGGAACCUCCCACAAAGCUGGCAGCCACUUGCUGCGCAACAUUAUGACCCACUCGUUCGACAUUCUGGGUGCAACGAGCAGUUGUAUCGUCGAGCAAUCGCCAUCUCAGCACCAGGGCAUUACCAGCUUAAACGAAGACAAUGAUUGUGCUGUUUUCCCAGCACCCAUUAGAUUUCACAACCACAUCUCAGGGCAUAGUAUCUCGCAGAUGAGGCAGGAAGCCAAAGACAUGAAAAGCGAUCUGCGGGGUGUGAUGAUUGUUCGGGACCCUCUGGAGAUGGUAGUGUCGGCCUAUGUUUAUCAUCAUCGAGGAGCAGAGGAUGGUAACCCAAUGCAGAUUGGUAUUCCUCAGAUGGGUCCGGAGGAGGGUGUGCCAGAAAUGGCCAGCCGGAUGUCAAAGGUAAUCCAUCGGAUGGUGAGUGCGUACGAAGCACGUGGACCUGAGAUUCUGGCGGUUCGCUAUGAAGAUCUCGAGAAUUCAUCAGAGAGUUUCGAUGCGACGACUGAGAAAAUGCUGGAUUUUGUCUUCAAAGAUGAAAUCACCGAUCUACAGAGGGCGGAGAUUUUGAUUGAACCCGCUGAAGCCGCUGGGAGUUCACUGCUUCAGAAGCAGCUCUUAGUACAUGAGACCGCCGGAGCCGCUUUUCGGGUCACCCACCCGUGGGACAAACACAUCUUCGUGGUGGGAACACACCACAAAGCUGGCAGCCAAGUGCUGCGGAACAUCAUGGCUCAUUCUUUUGACAUGCUGGGUGCAACAGUGAGUUGCCAAUAUAGUGGACACGGCGACAGUGUCACCUCUCUGAACCGGGAGAAUGAAUGCACGCUGUUCCCAGCUCCCAUUCGAUUUCACAACCACAUCUCCAAAGACGCCAUUUUGCAGAUGAAGAAGGAAGCCAAAGACAUGAAGGGCGAUCUGCGUGGUGUGAUGAUUGUGCGGGACCCUUUGGAGAUGGUGGCGUCGUCCUAUUGUUAUCAUCACCGGGGAGCUGAGCCACACAACCCCAUGCAAAAAGGGAUUCCUGAGAUGGGCCCUGAGGAGGGCGUACCCGAAAUGGCCAAGCGGAUGCUGCAUGUCAUUCGGGAUAUGGCAGAAGCGUAUGAAGUGAGUGCGCCGCAUGUUUUGGUGGUCCGCUAUGAGCAUGUAACUCAUUCACCUGAGCACUUUGAUGCCAGCGUUGAGAAGAUUAUGGAAUUCUUAUUUGGAGAUGAGAUUACGGAGCUCCAGAAGUCAGAGAUCCGAAGGGCUGUUCGAGUGGAGGAUCUUCACCGAGCUUCAGAUUCGGGCAUCUCCGCGAUGAGUGGUAAUGCCAACCACACCAACGACGAAGCUGACAUGGAGGCAGCGAGAGCAGCUUUGCCCUUGACACCCGCGGAUCUCUAUGCAGAAUAUGUGAAGUAUCGAGAAGUGCUGGGCUAUUCUUGA